AUGACGGCAGCGGAUGAGGCGGAGGAGCUAGCGCUGCGGUGUUGCGUGUGCGGUACAUCAGCUGAAGAUGACAGCAAUUACCUUAAUACAAAGAUGAAAAUGCUAAUAUCCAAAUGUGGCCAUCGAUUCUGUGACCACUGCAUUAAGCGUGAAUUCCAGCAUCAACGUGAGAUUGCAUGUCAUGCCUGUCAGAAGCCAGUAAAAAAGUCACAGCUACAAGAUAAAACCAUUGAGGAGCUCAAUUUUGCGAAGGAAACGUCAAUACGCAAGAAAGUGAUCAAAGAUUAUAAUAAGACGGAAGAAGACUUUGACACGCUGGACGAGUAUAAUGAUUAUCUAGAGACGCUAGAGAAUCUCGUUUUUGACCUGGCGUAUGGUAAUGAAAGCGAAAAGGCUGCGGCCCAAAAGCAGUGGAAGCAGUAUCGACAGGAAAAUGCGAUUUUGAUUGCUACAAAUGACGCCAAAAAGGCGGAUGAGGAGCGACGAAUCGCACAGUUGAUUGCAGAACAGCAGAGAAUGGCUGAAGAACGUCGACAGCUGCAGCAACGUGAAGACUCGCAAUUUGAAGCGGAUUUGGAGCUUCAAAAAGAGCAGUUAAUGGAGGUGGCUCUAGGCGAACGUGACGAAAGUGACGUCGCUAAGUUGCGUGCUACUACAACUGCAAUUCCGAUCGAUCAGGCAGUUACAGCGGAAAUGGAAGCUGCGAUGAUGGGCUUUCAGCCUGGAGUAAUUGGCGGGCCUCAACCAAUUCCGGUUCCCGGAGGCAAACGUGGACCAAACUUUGGCGUCAACGAGUCGAAGAAGCUGCGUCGUCAGCAGCAGCUUGCAGGUGGCUACGACCCUGACGUGCAUUUUAAGCGCAAUCGGAGCGAAGCAUGGGGUGGCAUCUACUUUCACGCCAUCGAUAGAAAGAACGAGAGCAACGGUUCAACCCCGAUGGAUAUCUGCUAG